AGUGCCGGUGUAGCUGUCGCGGCGAGCGGUCCGGUAGCCUGUAAAGGGGGUGUACGCGCUUCGCGUGCGGAGGAGGGGUUGAAAAAAAAAGGGAAGCGUCCAAGAUCGACGCCUCGUGAGGGGUGGUGGUGGGUGGGGAUGAUAUGUCCCGCCGAGCGCGCGAUUUGUCCGUUGUCUGGAUGCGGCGCGGGGCGUUCCACGCCAGCUGCCCCAUUCGCCGGCGCACCUCCCUUUCGACACGGCCCUCCACUUAACGUCUCUCGGGAGCAAUCUUUCAUCGUCCUCUAGAUAGUUAAAACAUAUAUAUAUAUACUCCCUACUCCCCUCAAGAUCGUCCCUGGUCAAUUCGCAUGAUUACCAGUACUCUGUUCUCGAUUACUACGUGAGUGUUUGUUUAAUUUCUCAACGUCUGGAGGAACCACUGACCGAACAACGUCUCUGCGUUUUACCAACAGAAGCAAUACUGUUAUGACUUAAUGCUGUGAAUUUUUUUUUUUACUGGCGUUUGGUAGUACUGCGAAGUGUAAAAAAAAACCUAGAUUUCUUUAAAAGUUAUUCGUUACAACUUUGAAACAUUUGCAAUAUUUUUAUUUUGGUGUCGACGUAAGUAGGAAAUUUAUUAUAAAUUAAAAAAAAACAUCCGUGGAGUGUUACGAUGUUAACUCUUGAGUGAAAUAACUAGAUAUUAGAUGAUGAUCACUACCAUCACGUUGAACCAGAAUUCUGUAUAGAAUUUUUUUCCUUUACAACGUGUACGCCUAAUGUGGUAAUGAGGUGUUAUUGUGCGCAUAAUUGCAGCAAGUAUCAGUGUUUGUGAUAACUGUGCUACACGUGGAAAUCUCGAAGAAGGCAGCAGUAAUAAGGAAGAUAUUCCGUCAGUUUUGAUCUUCUCUUGGAACAACCAUGGCGAACUCCUGUGCCGGCGUGCUGAGAGUUCUUGUGCUGAUCCAUUGCUACAUUCGGAUUCUCGCUCAAGGUCCGGCGGUGACGGUGCAGGCCGUGGUGUCCGGCACGGCGCUGCUGCCCUGCGACAUCUCGGCUCCGGCGGCCAACGACAGCGCCAUCCUCGUCAUCUGGUACAAGAACGACAUGACGCCCAUCUACAGCUACGACGUGCGCGGCAAGCACUCGGAGGGCGCGUCCCACUGGAAGGACAAGGACGUGCUGGAAGGACGCGCCUACUUCCGCACCAUCACCGAGCCGGCCACGCUCUCCGUGGACGGCGUGGACGCGCGCGACGAGGGCGACUACCGCUGCCGCGUCGACUACAAGGUGGCGCCCACCAAGAACACCAAGGUCAAGCUGGUCGUCAUCACGCCGCCGCAGACGCCCAAGAUCUUCUCGAGCGAAGGCCGCGAGGUGCAUGGCACGGCGGGGCCCUACGAGGAGGGAGGGGACCUUCGCCUCACCUGCAUCGUGUCCGGAGGCCGGCCGCUGCCGUCUGUGCGCUGGUGGCGGGAGGAGGGCCUCGUCGACUCGACGGACGCCGUCAGCGCCUACCAGGACGUCAAGCACAACGUGCUGACGGUCAAGCGGCUGGAGCGGAGCGACCUGCACGCGCGCUACACGUGCCAGGCGUCCAACAACAACAUCAGCCAGCCCGUGUCCGCCAGCGUCGUCAUCGACAUAUACUUUAAGCCCCUCAGCGCCUCCAUCCUGCACAGCAAUCAGCCGCUGUCGGCGGACCGCAAGUACGAGAUAGUGUGCAUAUCCGUGGGCUCCAGGCCGCCGGCCAAGAUCACCUGGUGGCUAGACAACCGGCAGCUCGACACUUACGUGGAGAAAGUGUCGCAGGACGAGAACGUCACCACGUCCACGCUGACCUUGACCCCGACCAUGGCGGACCACGACAAGUCGCUGACGUGCCGCGCGGAGAACGCGCGGGUGCGCGCAGGAGUCGAGGAAGACACCUGGAAGCUGGACGUCUUCUUCAUGCCGAUUCCCAUUUUGAACUUAGGCUCAAACCUCAAUCCAGACGACAUCGAAGAAGGCGACGAUGUCUACUUUGAGUGCAAGGUUCAUGCUAACCCAUGGGCCUACAAGAUUGUCUGGAAACACAAUGGCCAGGUGCUGCAGCACAACCAGAGGAAUGGCGUCAUCAUGAACAACAUGGACCUGGCGCUCCAGAGCGUCAAGAAGACGCAGUCGGGCAACUACUCGUGCAUCGCGUCCAACGUGGAAGGCGACGGCGUCAGCAACAUCGUCCAGCUCAACGUCAUGUACAAGCCGCUGUGCCGCGCGGAGCAGAAGCGCGUGUACGGCGUGGCGCGCCACGAGAACGCCAACGUGGUGUGCGAGGUGGACUCGUACCCGCCGCCCGACACCUUCAAGUGGGCCUUCAACAACACGGCCGAGACCAUCGACGUGCCCCAGGCGCGCUACCGCACGCCGUCCUCCACGCACUCGCAGUCCACGCUCACCUACACGCCCGUCACCGAGAUGGACUACGGCACCGUCAUGUGCUGGGCCUUCAACACGGCGGGCCAGCAGGUGGAGCCGUGCGUCUUCCACAUCAUAGCGACAGGCCGGCCGGACCCGCCCUUCAACUGCACGCUGCUGAACCAGACGACGCAGUCGCUCGAGGUGGACUGCCUGGAGGGCUUCGACGGCGGGCAGCCGCAGCUGUUCCUGCUCGAGGCGAGCGACGCGGCGACGGGCGCCCGGCGCGCCAACCUGACGGCGUCUCAGCCGCAGUUCUCCGUGGCGGGGCUGGGGCCCGGGUCGGUGCUGCGCAUCGCCGUGUACGCCUUCAACGCCAAGGGCCGCAGCGACGCCGUGCAGCUGGAGGGCUUCACGCUCAAGGUCGCCGAGAAGCAGACCGGCACGCCGGUCCCCUUCGAGCUGCGGCCCGUGCUGGGCUACCUGAUCGGCGUGGCGUCGCUGCUGCUGGUGGCGGUGCUGGUGGCGGCGGGGGCGCUGUGGCUGCGCGCGCAGCACAAGGCCGGCUCGCCGCGCCGCCCGCUGCACCUCGCCGUCAAGGAGAAGGCCCUGCCGCUGCGCUCCGACGUCGAGGACCUGUGCGACAAGGACGACCGCAACCCGGACGUCGUGCCGUGCAACAAGGACUCCGACUACCAGCUGAUGGAGGACGUGCAGUCCCCGGCCGGCCUCGGCAAGACUCCCCCGCAGCUGCCGUCCUACGACGACCGCCCCAAGUGCAACAGCGGCGCGGCGCGCAACGGCGACCUCACGGACAAUUACAAGGCGGCGAGGGGCCACUACCCGCAGUACGCGGCCGGCGAGGAGGUGACGUACGCCGAGCUGUGCCUGCCGCGGCCCACCACCUUGCUCGACGGCGGCGCGACGGCGGCCAUGCCGCCCCUGGGAGCCGCCCCCGGCUGCUUCAAGCUCGGCUCCGGCGCCGGCGCAGUGCGCUGCCGCGACGAGCCCACCAUCUACGCGCAGAUCGACCACGGCCGGCUGCCGUACGCGUCGCCGCUGUCGCCGCUCGUGUCGCCUCCGGCGUCGCUGCUGUGCGGCGGCGGCGGCUCGUCGCCCGCCAGCAUCGCCGCCCUCCACCCGCUGCCGCCGCACCGCGAGAUCGUCACCGUGCGCACGCCGCUCAUGACGAGCCAGCAGGAGAGCUGCGUAUAG